AUGGCCGUGGUGGAAUCGUCUGGCGAGGUACUAUGGAUACCGGCCGGUAUUUUCCUCAGUACCUGCGCCAUUGAUAUUGAGUAUUUCCCCUUCGAUACACAACAGUGCAGUCUCAAAUUUGGAUCCUGGACGUACGAUGGGUUCAAACUGGAUCUCGAUUUUUAUGACGAUAAAGAUGAGAUCGAUACGUCCAGUUAUAUGGCAAGCAACGAAUGGAAGCUGCUGGCCUACCCGGGUCAGAAGAACCUGCGCAAAUACAACUGCUGCGAAGAACCCUACCCCGACCUGACCUUCACGGUCAAGCCAUCAUCGUCAUCAUCGUCAUCAGGAAAGUUUUUCUGCUUCAACAUGGUCAUCAUCAUGAUGUCAUCAUUCUUCUCGGCAACCGUCAUCAACUUGUAUAUGCGAAGUGACAAAGGAAAUCCCGUUCCAAAAUGGCUCAAAGUGAUAAUGACAGCGCGCCAUGUUAUAAUGGUUAAGGUGCUUGGCAGCGAUGUUGCAGUGACCGCCUUCAAAUGCAGUGAGAUCCCCACAUAUCACGUGGUGACGGGAUUCUGCGACAACAAUCUUGUCCGCAUCUUCUCUUCAUCAUAUGCUGUCUCGGGCCGAAGUUGA